UUCUUUGCUGUUAGUCGAAGUAGUACAACGCUAACGUUUCAGUGAUUCAAUUGAGAUUAUCUGUAUAAAACUCUUAGUAACUCAGUUCUUAGUGUGUUGUUUCCAUUCAUUAGGAACUAUAAUGUUUCCCAACUGCUUCAGAAAGAACAGGACUCUGAAGUUCUUCUUGAAAAAUACCUCGUUGCAUGGAAUGAAAUACGUUGCUGAUGAACAGAAGCAUUGGUUUGAGAGACUUGUGUGGUGUGUCUUGAUAGGAGUAUUUGCAGCUUUUUCGAUCAAUACCUUAAAGGACAGAUGGAUAACUUGGCAAGCAACUCCAAUGAUAAUUACCACAGAUCACAAACCUCGCUCCACAUCAGAACUGCCUGUCCCAGCAAUAACCUAUUGUCGUGAUUUUCUCAUUUCAAAUGACAUAAAAACCGGAGUUGAUACUGAUAUGACGGAAGAAGAUAAACAAACUCUUUGUGGUGUAAUGAAUAUUAUUCUAGGACCCGAUUUGGAUAAAUGGUCAGAAGAUGACUGCAAAUCAUACAUAAGUCAAUUAGAAAAGGGAAUCGAUGACGAAAGUUUUUUCAAUAUGUUUGACAAGCUGGUGAUCACGGACCAGGAAUAUAUCAGCAAGGAUCAAAGCACUUUCAUGCUGGGUAUGCGGUUUGAUGAGCCUCUCAUUUGUUAUGACAUGUUAACUCAUUACGGAUUAUGCACUACGUGCAGUUCCUUACCUUUAUCACAAAUCUACAAGAACAGCACAUACCUUCACUCCUUUCAUAAUAACCCAGAUGAAUACCGAGUGGUGGGGAAUUUUACAGGAUUUCCUACUCUCAAUUCACCCAGAUUUGAUGUUUCUUAUCCAUCAUUUGUAAGAAGACCAAUGAAUGGGCUCACCAUGAAAGAUUGGAACAGCACAAACUUGGAACGAGAUAAUAUCGAGAUUUUUCCACGAUCGAACAGAUGGUACACGAUUCACAGCCCCUGGGACGUGCCCAACCCAUUCAUGAGGUGGCAUUACAGCAAGGACUUCAGCAAUCAUGAGCUGCAGGUGUUCAUAGAACCAGACCAGACACUCAUUGAUGACGAUUUGAACAUACCUCCUGACAGUAGAGAGUGUUAUAUGCCAUAUGAAAAAGAACUGGAGUUUUUCAAAUAUUACACUCAUCAAAAUUGCAAGAUGGAAUGUUUAACUAAGAAUGUUUUGAAUAAAUGUGGAUGUGUUACGUACUUUAUGCCACAUAAUGAGUCGACUCCUAUAUGUUUCGGAGAUUUUGAGUGUCCAAAUAGCAUAUUAGAUACAGUGAAUGUGGAAAAGUCUCUCUCCUGUAAUUGUUUCUCUUCAUGCGACCAUACUGAUUACAAAUUCGUUUCUCAUGACUCAAUUCCUGACAGAGAUAGUAGCAAAUUAAUAGCGGUUUUCAUCGAUGACACAUAUUACCCUCAAAUGCGCAGACCAUCUAACACAUUUGAAGUUUUUAUUGAGACUUCUGUGACCUACUUGGACAUGUUCCUAGGACUAAGUCUGAUUAGCAUUGUUGAAAUUCUGUACUACUCGGUUUUGAUUCUGUUAGAAUGCUUGAAUAUUGAAAACGUUGGCCUAGCAGGUUGAAAAUUGGCAUCAAAAUUGAUAAAAAAUAGCUUUAUAAUAUUAUCUUAUUGUCUCAUCUAGUUCUUGUAAUAUGUUAUUAUAAUAUAUUAUAUUAAAUUAAGUCCUCACUUAAAUCUAAGAAUUGAAAAUAUUUGUUUGGAUGUAUCGUUGCUUAACAUUGGCCCUUUGCACACUCUAUCUCAAGCUAUGAAUAAAUUUAGCACAA